AUCAUCCGGAUGUUUAUAUAUUUAAUGCUGCUUGAAGUUUCAGUAGUUUUUCCCAGCUUCCGUUUCGGUUGCCAUCUUAAUCCCCUCCAGCCACCGGAAGCUCUGGAUAAAGCCGAGGUUGCAAAGUGCGUCACAGAGCGGAGCUGCAGCAGCACAGACACACACGCACACACGCUCUCUCCUCUCUUCUGUUUGCACAAGAAAGCCGAGCUGACGGUUCCUCUCCAGCAUGGUGAAGAUCGCUUUUAACUCUGCUCUGGCGCAGAAGGCGCUGGGCAAAGAGGUGCCAGCCGCUGUGAAGGACCCUGAGCUGGGCUCUGCUCCUGCGGGCAGUGAGGGCUCCACAGGUCGCUGUCUGCUCACCCUGCUGGGCAUCGCCUUCAUCCUAAGCGGGCUCAUCGUUGGGGGAGCAUGUCUCUAUCGAUAUUUCACCCCAAAGAGGCUGUAUCACGGUGCCAUGCAGUUCAGCGACGUGUCACCUGGAGCUGGAGGGGAGAACCAGCCGUACUACCUGCCCCGGGUGGAGGAGGAGAUGGAGAUCUCCGACAGCAUGGCCGUCAUCAGCGUCCCUCCUCCCCGUUUCAGACCCGGGGACCCCGCUUACAUCCUGCAUGACUUCAACAGGAAGCUGACGGCGUACCUGGACCUGACCCUGAGGACCUGCUUCGUGAUCCCUCUGAACACCUCGGUGGUGCUGCCCCCUCAGGACCUGGUCGACCUCUUCUCACAGCUCAUGUCUGGCUCCUACCGCAGCUACCUGGUGCACGAGGACCUGGUGGUGACGGAGCGUAUUGAUGACAUCAAGCCUCUGGGCUUCUACAUCCGCCGGCUGUGUGAUGGAAAAGAAACGUACAGAAUGCAGCGCCGCUCCAGCCUGGCAGGUGGAGGCAUCCAGAAACGCUCUGCGGACGAAUGUUUCACCAUCCACCACUUUGAGAACAAGUUUGUCACGGAGACGCGCAUCUGCAAGGCUUGAUGGGAAAGCACAGGCAUGGGUCAGGGAGCGAGUGAGAGUAGAGAGUGAUAGAGAGCGCCAGAGUGACAGAGAGAGAGUAGGAGGGAGUAGGCGAAGGAGGGAACAGCUUUCAGCAGAAAGUUACUUUUGUACAAAACUCCAGUUUCUGCCUCCCCUGCUUUAACCCCAGUGAUAAGUGAAUUUAAGUUCCAGCGUUAUCUAGCCUAACCCCCCACCUCUGCUGUACGCCCCUCAACCUGUAGUGGGGCGAAGUCCUAGCUCUCUUGCUCAAAUAUUCACUAGAUAGUCUCGUACUAAUAACCAGCGUCAGCCUGCUUACUGAGAAUAUACUAAGUUUCAUUUGUUAUGUUGGUUUCUGUUCUGUUGCCGUAGCUUCCUGCUGAAUUAUCUUAUCGUUGUUACUGUAGUACAACAUCCACUCAGCUCCGGACAAGAGUGGUUAGUCCUUCUACUGAUUAUCUUAGUGAUACUGAGAAGUCAAUCAUAUCAGACCUGUCUGUCAGACUGUUCCCACGUUUUAUGAAAAGAUCCACUACAUGUUAUAGUGUGAUACGGCACAAGUCACCCAGGAAAUGUAUGGUACAGUACAGUUACAGUACAAUGUAACAUGGUUGUCCUUGUCAGUUAUGGAUGUACCAGAGCCCCAAGCACAUUUUUUGUAGAUAUUUGUGCCCCGCUGCUCCCAGGGGCCUCUGCUGUCCUGCUGUGUGAUAAUUUUAUUAUGUAAUUAAUGGUUAUGUCAAACCUGAUGGUGAGCAGUCCAGCACCCUAUAUGACCAGUGUUUGUGUUUGUGUAGAAACCUCAUUUUGUGACAAUAAACUUGAAGGAUGGUCAAUAAGCGAAAGGGAAAUUUCACUACAUUUGAAAAACACCCAUUCUUUCUGUCAGAAUUUUUCCAAUUUUUAUUUAUGAAUUUGUAGUCCCAUAAUGUGAGAAUACUUAGCUGUUAUAAGCAGCUGACUAUAGGAGGCUCUUAGUUUUGCAGAACUCUGUAUAUUUAAAGUUAACACAGGAGCGA